ACGAGGCUCGGACUUUUGCAUAUAUAAAUACACGUACGUGCGUACAAGAAUACACACACCCACACAAACAAACAAAAAUCUUGAAUUCUCGUGUUUUGAUUUCGCUCAUAAUGUCGUCCAAGCUUUUAACCUUCUUCUUCGUUCUAUCUCUUGUGGCGAUCCACCACAUCCUUGUCGUGACAUGCAGACAAUGGUGCAUGGCGAUGCCUAAUGCUUCAGAUGAGCAGUUACAAGCCAACAUUGACUACGCUUGCAGCAACGGCGUCGAUUGUACACAGAUCCAGCCCGGGGGAGUAUGCUAUGAACCAAACACUCUUUAUGACCACGCGUCGUAUGUGAUGAACGCUUAUUACCAGAGUCAUGGACGCAUUGAAGACUCUUGCAGGUUCAACCGCAGCAGUUGCUGGGUCUUUGUCGACCCAAGUUAUGGCUCAUGUGUGUACUACACUUGAAAAGCAAUAUUAACUGUUUUGAAAUUGCGUUAUUACUUGAUUGUUUUUUUUAAAAAAAUUGGGAUCCAAUAGUAUGCCAAAAAGGUUUUUGUUUAUGUGUUUUGCUAUCUAUUUUCUUGAAAGUUGGUUUUAUUAUAUAAAAUUUCCAUUUAAUUUGUGAACCAUUUUUAAACAAGAGAAAUGAAAUAUAACAACACGUAUAAACUAACUUUCCCAUGCAUUGAACAAACUAAUAUUUAGAAUUUAAAAUCUCUGGUUACAGAUUUAACCAAUCUACAAAUUUUUAGUAAUUUAUUAUUAAGAAAAUAAAUUCAUUAUGCAAUGUCCUUUAUGAAAACCGCGUGUCACCAUGUAAACAUGUAGUGAUGCCAUUUAAUUUUGGAAUUUGAAUUUCAUAAUGUAUGGUAAAGAAACUUUAAGAUAAAAUAAAAGGACGUUUGAGUUCCAGAAAUUGUAUCAUUUAAAUUAGGGAGAAUUGCCAAGUGUGACUCAAAAUUUGGAGUCAAACCCAAAACAAUACCCCA